CCCGCCGAGGCCUACGCCCUUUAUAAUGAUAUAAUCUUCUAACUUCGCUUGCGUCCUAACAGUGUAAGCGAAGGGUGAAAAUUUCAAUUUUGGAUAUUCGUCACUUGAGAUCUCACUGCUCGAUAUUAUUGUGCCGUUUGUUGUUGCUUGCUCGGGAAGCUGUAGUUAACUAGAGACAUGAGCGACCUCGAGAAGCAGCGGUGCGGCGGCGCCUUGGCCGGGAAGACGGCGCGAUCCUGCGACGGCUGCGCUCGCUGCCGGGCGCGGUGGUACUGCGCAGCCGACGACGCGUUCCUUUGCCAGACGUGCGACUCGUCCGUCCACUCCGCCAACCCACUCGCCCGCCGUCACCGCCGCCUCCGGCUCAAGUAUUCCUGGUGCUCCUCCGGCGCCGCAGCACUCGACGGGAACGAGGAAGAGGAUGAGGAGAAUUUUGAUGGCCCCUCGUGGCUCCGAGGGUUCAAGCGGAAGGCUCGGACCCCUCGGAAAGGGAAGAAGGGGAUGGCACCGCGGCCUCCGGAGCUCGCCGAAACGUCGCCGUCUGUCGAGGAGGAGCAGCUGCUCUACUGCGUGCCGGGGUUCGAUCCCGCGACGGCAGAGUUCCGUUCCGCUUCGUCUGGGAACGAGGAUACGAAGCCGCCGGUGGAGUCGGACGGCAGCACCCCUUCUUCCACCACCACCGUCGACGCCGCCGACCGCAUGGCCGAGUACAUGCCGUCGGACGUGGAGAUAGCGGAGUUCGCGGCCAACAUGGAGAGCCUCCUCGGCGAGGCGAGCGGCGACGACGCCGCGUUCUCGAUGGAGAGGCUCGGCCUGCUCGACAACGCGAAUUACUUCACGAAGGAACUGAAGGCAGAGCCGGCUGACGAAGCAGAGCAGAACUAUCCGGUGAGCGACGAGCUGGACAAGGACAUGACGAGGGACUCGCUGGAAUUGGACUUCAACUGCCCAGGCUCGUCGUCGACCGCGGAAGAAGAGGACGAGCUGGAUGUAGAAAAAACAGAGGACCAACACGACGAACCAAAGACAGCGAGGCUGAGGCUUGACUACGAGGCCGUCAUCUCUGCAUGGUCCGCCAACGGCUCCUCGCCCUGGACCGACGGCGAGCGGCCGCAGAUUAAUCUAGCAAACUGUUGGAAUGACUGCAUGGGAGGCGGAUGGGGGGAAGGAAGAGGAGGAGCGGGAGGCGGCGUGGCGCAGGUGGCCGUGGACGUGGGCAGGCAGGCGAGGGUGAGUCGGUACAGGGAGAAGCGGCGGACGCGGCUGUUCGCGAAGAAGAUACGGUACGAGGUGAGGAAGCUUAACGCCGAAAGGAGGCCGAGGAUGAAGGGGCGUUUCGUAAAGCGAGCUCCAGGCUCGGCAGCAGCUGCCUUCCUGCCUGCACUGAUCCCUACUACCGUCCGAGCGCCCCUCCGCCACCGCCUCCGCAAUGGCCGCCACAGGGUACUUUCCACGUCCAAACUCCUCGGCCGAAGAGUCCCUGGUCCACCGGCCUCUGCGACUGCUACGACGAUCCCCAAAACUGCAUCACGACCUGCUUCUGCCCCUGCGUCACGUUCGGCCAAGUCGCCGAGAUCGUCGAUAAAGGAUCCUGUUCGUGCGGGGCGAAUGGGGCGCUGUACGCGCUGAUAAUGUUCGCGACGGGCGGAUGCGCCUGCGUGUACUCGUGCUGCUACCGCAGCAAGUUGCGGGCGCAGUACGGGCUGCGCGAGGAGCCCUGCCCAGACUGCCUCAUCCACUGCUGCUGCUGCGAGUGCUGCUCUCUCGCCCAA